GUCCCUCUGUCAGGUGGAGGACACUGACUGCUCCAAGGGGAAACUCGCAUCACUCACGGAUUACAGCUCCUCAUUCACUCUCACAUUCAAAGUCUCACCAUGUCUUGGGGAUACGCAGCAGACAACGGACCCGACAAAUGGGCUGAUAACUUCCCAGUGGCCAAUGGCCAACGCCAGUCUCCCAUUGACAUCCUACCUGGGGAAGCGACCUUCGACGGAGAGCUGAAGCCGCUCAGCCUGAAGUACGACCCCUCCAACUGCCAGGAGAUCCUCAACAACGGACAUUCCUUCCAAGUGACCUUCGUCGAUGACACCGACAGCUCAACUCUGAAAGAUGGGCCGAUCUCAGGCGUCUACAGGCUCAAGCAGUUUCAUUUCCACUGGGGAGCUUCUGAUGAGAGGGGCUCUGAGCACACAGUGGCCGGGACCAUGUAUCCUGCCGAGCUGCAUCUCGUGCACUGGAACACCAAAUACCCGAGCUUCGGUGAUGCCGCUAGCAAACCUGAUGGCCUCGCUGUCGUCGGAGUUUUCCUGAAAAUUGGGUCUGAUAACGCCAAACUCCAGAAGGUUCUUGAUGCCUUCAGUUCCAUCCAGGCCAAAGGCAAGCAGACCACCUUCGCUGACUUCGACCCCACCGGCCUGCUCCCCGGCAGCCUGGACUACUGGACGUACCUCGGCUCUCUGACCACUCCCCCUCUGCUGGAGAGCGUCACCUGGAUUGUCUGCAAGGAGCCAAUCAGCAUCAGCGUCGAGCAGAUGGCCAAAUUCCGCAGCCUGCUCUUCUCCGCUGAGGGUGAGACCGAGUGCUGCAUGGUGGACAACUACCGUCCUCCCCAGCCGCUCAAGGACCGCAAAGUCCGUGCUUCCUUCCAGUAAAGCCCCCUCCCCCCCCAGUUGCCCUUUGGUGCCCCCUCUCCCUCCCCUCCCCCCUCCCUUUAGUCAGAGUUACCUCUGGAUGCAGUGAGCCACAAAGCACACAUAUCUCUCUCCGUCCCUUUUUUUUGCAAAGUGAAUUUCCUGUGGCCCAGCUGCUUUCCGUGCUGGGGCCGGUCUAGCCGUGAGUUCGAGCCCCUGGAGGAUUUGCGUCUCUGUUUGUGUGAUAAGCCAGUGAAGACACCCUGUCGUAAUUUAAGAAGACAAGCACCUCAUGGUGGAGGCCUCGCGUUUACCAGAUUUUGCAUCUGGUGCCAACGUUUUUUGUGUAUGAGGUUUAUUUGUGUCACGCAAAACAAAGAUGUAAUGUGAAGUCUGAAUUGUGCUCUGGAGCCACUUGGAAGCAGGAAGCAGGAGCUCGCUGCAGUGGCCAGAGAGGAUUAAAGUAUAUCACCAUCUGUGAGGAGGAGGGUGAGGUGCAGACAACCACACACACUCCCGCUGGCAGUCCGUCUGUAAUCUGACUGACUGCCAGCUUCUGCAUCACAGCAGCUAAAUAAAACGUUGCUCCCGCCUCCAUCAUGGCCGAUUGAUGCAGAAAAUCCCCUCUGGCCCACUGCACGUGCAGUCUCAUGCAGACACGCUGCCUAUAGGCACUGACCUGCUUAUUGAUUCCAAUCCCGGCUCCAGAGGACACAAGGACAGGCCAGUUCGAGCUACUGACAACGGCGUAUUUCUUUUAUUGCUCUAAUCUCUAAAUCUAUCAUGUGUUGGUCAACCCAUGUCGUGUUUUUAAUAUGAUGUUGUUUUAGCCUGAAAGGUCUUUCAAAAUAAGUCUUAAAGUAUUUUUACUAAAUUAUGUUCUCUGCAACCAAAAGCUCUUAGCUAUUUUGAUGCUCUAUAAUAUAACAAUAUAGAGGAUCAACCCUCCCUUUUUCAAAAUGUAACGUGCAAAACGAAAUUCCCUUUUUUAUGUUGUUUUCAAACCUCAGUGGGUUGCGUGCUUAUGCUCAGAACGCACAGUCGCCAUGUGGGCAGCGCCAUACAGGCUAACGCACAAAGCCAAGGAAGGAAUCGCCCCCCCCGAGGCAGCCAAGGAAGAAAGGAACCUGCCAACAGAUUAAAGUGUCAGCCUGGUGUCAGGCCUUGUUUGUAGGGGAAUCAUUAACGAUAGCCUCCCUUCCACAUCGGGACCUCGAGGUUUCCGAAACAUUGAAGACAAAGAUGCCGAUUUCGAGAAAGAUUGUAAUUUGUGUUUAACAAGGAAAAAGCCUUAUGCCAAUCUGUGUUCGGGCCAUCCCAGGAGUAUGUGUUGUCUGUUUUUGGAAGUGGACGUUUUACUAGUUGAAUAAAUAUAUUUUAUGACUAA